AUACUUCAGAUACUAUUCAGAUACAGAACAUCUCACUGUAUCCAGCAGCACAUCCAGACUGGAUUCCUGACCUCUGCUUUAAUCCACAGAUCCAUUCAGACUCUGAUGAAGGCGACGGCUCUAUAAAGUACACCAUCUCUGGAGAGGGAGCAGGGACUGUCUUCAUCAUAGACGAGGUCACGGGUGACAUCCACGCCACCGAGCGUCUGGACCGAGAGGAGAAGACCUUCUACACCUUACGAGCUCAGGCACGAGACCGUCUGACCGACGCACCGCUGGAACCCGAGUCUGAGUUCGUCAUCAAGGUCCAGGACAUCAACGACAGCGAGCCCAAGUUUCUAGAAGGUCCUUACAUCGGGAGUGUGGCCGAGCUCUCUCCUGUCGGUACGUCGGUGAUGAAGGUUAUGGCCUCGGAUGCUGAUGAUCCGACCUAUGGAAGCAGCGCUCGGAUCGUUUACAGCGUUCUGGAAGGAGAACGGGUCUUUACUGUUGACCGACAAACCGGAGUGAUCCGGACGGCCGUGGCGGAUCUGGAUCGUGAGACACAGGACCGUUACGAGCUGGUGGUCAAAGCCACAGAUAUGGCAGGCCAAAUGGGCGGUCUCUCCGGGUCCACUACAGUGACCAUCGUGAUCACGGAUGUUAACGACAACCCUCCGCGCUUCCCUCAGAAGAUGUAUCAGUUCUCGGUCUCGGAGGAUGCGGCCGUUGGGACGUCGAUCGGCCGGGUGAUCGCGACAGAUGCAGACAUGGGCGAGAAUACGGAUAUGAGUUACCUGAUCAAAGACGAGGAGGGUGGAGAGCUGUUCAGAGUCUCCACUGAUGGAGAUACACAAGAGGCCAUCAUCACCAUCAAAAAGCCUCUAGACUUUGAGAACAAGCGCUCUCAUAAUGUGGUGGUCGAGGCUGUGAACAAACACGUGGACCCUCGUUUCGUGGAUCUGGGCUCCUUCCGGGACCAGACCAUCGUUCGGGUCAGUGUGACGGAUGUGGACGAGCCUCCCAUCUUCAUCCCUUCGAUCGGCACCAUCAUGGAGGUUCAGGAAGACGCUCGCCUGGGAGCACUGGUCGGGAUUGUGACCGCCAGAGACCCGGAUAUGGAUAACGUUCCCAUCAGGUUCUCUAUAGACCAGAGCACAGACCAGGAGCAGAUCUUUAACAUCGAUCCUGUAACAGGCGCCAUCACUUUGGGAAAGAUCCUGGACCGGGAAACUGCCGGCUGGCACAACAUCACGGUCACCGCUGUGGAAGCAGAUAACCAGUCCAUGGCGUCUCAGACGGCGGUGAGCAUCCGCAUCCUGGACGUGAACGACAACCCUCCCGAACUCGCCACUCCUUACGAGGCGUCGAUCUGCGAGGACGCCAAACCUGGCCAGCUCAUUCACACCAUCAGUGUGGUGGACAGAGACGAACCGCAGUCUGGACAUCGAUUUUAUUUCACUCUGGCACCCGAGGCCUCCAACAACCGACAUUUUACUCUAUGGGACAUCAAGGACAACACAGCCGGGAUCAGGACGCAGCGCUCCGGAUUCAACCGUCAGGAGCAGAACGUGUACCUGCUUCCCAUCCUGGUGGUGGACAGCGGCCCUCCAGCCCUCAGCAGCACAGGGACCCUCACCAUCCACGUGUGCGGAUGUGACACGGACGGAGCCAUUCAGUCCUGCAACGCCACGGCUUACGUCAUGUCAGCCGCGCUCAGCCCCGGCGCUCUCAUCGCACUGCUCGUCUGCAUCCUCAUCCUCAUCGGUAAAGCCUUCACUUAUCCCCCUCAUAGUCUUAUAGGAGCAUCAUGAGUUAUUCGAUUCAAUGCAUUCCUCAGUUCGUAACAGCAAGUGAGAAAUGCAUGCUUUAGGAAGCCAAGUUAUAUUUCAGUGUUGCAUAGAUUGGAUCAGCUUCUGC